AUGGUCACUGUCGAUUCCCCCGCGACUGACCUGCCAAACACGACUCAUGGAUGUGGAAACCAAAUGAAUGCUAUUUUGGCCUACGAGGUGUCUGUUGCCGUUCCGCCAACAAACGAGCUCAGAGACGUGCCAGUUAUCAAUGAGGCGGCCCCAUCCUCUAUGUCGGGAUUAUCUGGAUCUGUUAGAACUGUUGAUGAAGCACCCUUGCUGCAUGUCAGCUCCCCUUAUAUCGCCCAUAUUCCCACUCCUGGGACAAUCUUCCCCAUUGGUAGGACCAUCUUCCCUAACUUAGCGCCCGCCUUCCACCCAGCGACUCCCAACCGUGGGGUGGUAUCCUACAGCGAGAAUUGGAAUCCUACGGUGCCAAACAAUUCGGAUAGCAUCGUUAACUAUGGAGAUGUUGGACCUACUGCCUUCUAUCCACACUCCAACGCCACUUUGCAUGAAACUCGCGAUGAAACCGCCGGAAAUGGUACAAAUUGGGACAGAGACGCCGCGAGUUUGCUUAGAGAUCUGGCUUGGGAUAUGGGAUACUUCCUCAUCCCUCGGGGAGCCAGCAUUUCCGAUGGUGACACUCUUUUCAUUUAA